AUGGUGAAGAAGUUUGGGCCGCUCAACUUGGUGUGGAACGGCGUCGGGACGCUGCAAGUGCCGGACGCGGGAAGCAAGCCGGCGAGCGUGAACCUGGCGCGGGUGUGCUUGGCGCAGCGCGCGGAACUGCUGAUCGAAAACUUUGAGCGGUUGUAUCCGAAAUUGAAGAACGAACGCGUGGAGUGGGCGCUGCAGCCGUUCGACGACCAAUACGGCGACGCGUUCGAUCCGUUCAUGUCUUUACCGGACGAUCAGGUCGACGAGUUGGUGCCCGGGAACUUGCAAUUCUUGAAGAAACCGCGCAAGGUCGCGCCGGGGGCGUGA